AUGCGAUCAUCGCUGCUACUUCCGCUGACCAUCGCGGCAUUCUGCUGUUGGUCCGUCGCCGCGGAGUGGUUCCGAUGGUCGGAUCCUCGCGGCACGCCUCCCGCAUGGUUGGUGCAAAAGACCAGUCAUGGUACUGAGAACACUCAGGUAGGCUGGUCGCCGAAGCCUACACCUGCUGCCGGUCGCGACGUUUCCGAGGAGGAACGCGCUUUGGAGAUGCUUAAGAGAGGAAUUACUUCUGUUACGACUCACUGGACUAAUAGUGAGACUUGUGGUUGGGUUCGCGGUGCUGCUUCCGAGCCCUUUACCUGUUCUGGUAGCGGCACUUGUGCCACCAAUUCCGAGCAUAUCGUCGCUUGUGUCACCGAUACCCUGUCUCCUUUCUACUCGACCUGUCUAAACUACGCUGCUUGGCAGAGUAGUUUAUGUGUUGAAGACGGUUCAGAGACUGGAUGUUGCCUCAAUAGUCAAUAUGGAGAAUGCGCAACUUACUUCUGGACUGGCGAACCCGUACGCUCUAUGUACCGUUGUGUCACAUCCGCCACUGUUGUCACCAUGCUGGACGAGCCUCAGUUCGUUAUCGACGCCUCCCGCUCGUCUACCUCCACAGCAUCCCAAACUAGUGGAAACGGACCCGGCGCAACCCUCAAACCUGGUACCCCUUACCCCGGUUCACAUCAGAAUCCACCUGAGAGCCCUCCCGACCGCCACAUCGGCGUCAUCGUAGGCAGUACUAUAGGUGGUGUGGUCGGUCUCCUGGUAAUAGGAUCUCUAUACCUAGUCUAUCGGACACAUCGCAAAGCCACGAAGAAGGACCACCAGAACGUGCGCGACCGGCUCGACACCGUCUUCCGCUACGCAGGAGAUCCAGACCCGGCGCCUACCUGGCAAGCAGCUCGACUCAAUAGUCAUGAGCCCUCGUCUACUGGCGCUACCGCUGCAUCUAGUCGUGCAGCUUCUCGCUACGUCCCUGUCCCCGCUAGCCCAAGCCAAUCACGCACACGCAGCCGCGCCCGUCCCCAGUCCUCCGCAGUCGAUAGUCGUCAUAGUGCCACCCGCGACAACGGCGAAGGAACAAGUUACCUAUCCAUCCCCUCGCAACGCACACCACGCGCGCACUCAUUCCCGCACGCGCAAUCCUACAGCACACAACCCGACGCGCUAUCCAUCUCUCAAUCAGGGGACCUCCUACGAACCCAAGUACCAACCGAUGAAUCCCUAACCCCGCGUCGCAACAUCGGUCCACCUUCUUACACCUGGUAUCUCAUGUCCCCCAUCGCCACACGUUCGCAACUAGACGUAAGCAGCACAGCGCGAAGUUCCGACUACUUCCCCUCUCGCGUAAACUCCAGCUCCAGCCUCCCAGAAUCCCCCCGUCGCCAAACCCAAAACCCGGAGACCCCUCCCCCGCGCUACUCGUACAUGAACCCGUACCCCGAUGCCACUCCCGAGGAUCUGUACAACACGCCUCGCACAGCCGCCGGUCCGUACCGCCAGGCAGAAGAGGAGGAGGUUGAUGAUAGUGCGGAUUACGACACUACGUAUGAACCUACCGAAGGACCUUCUGAUCUUAAGUAGGUCGUGUUCUUCUUCCGUCGAUUGUGGUUCGUGCGCUGGACCGGGGUUAGGUUGGCGGGAGGUCUGUAUGGUUGAGGUUCGACUUCGCGAUUGCGAUGAGAUA